CGUACUGCAUUUUCUAAUGGAGCUCACCCACAUGGCAAAUAAAUUUUUGGCUUAGACAUCUGAGAUGCACCUACCUGUCAAAACUAUUCUCUCGUCCCAUACUCUUCGAUGUCUUGCUCCCUGUGUGUCUGUGGUGCAGGUUAGAGGAGCUAAGCAGAAAUUUGGUGGGUUGACAAGAGAUCCUUACCGUACCCUGAAGAAGAAGCUGGUUUUAGAAAAGUCUCACAAGGUUUCCAAAGUUCCUCUGAUGUCCAGUGAGAGAAGAGAUAACAUUAUGGAGUUUCCUAUCAAUCGAACGAGCGCAGGAACAAUAUUUGCCACGUACACACCACUUGAAAAUUUCGCUAAAGCUCCAUUCAAAACUAAAUCCAGACAGCAGCAAAGAUGGACAGCCUUCAAGGAAGGUCUAACUACAGUUUACGCGGGCGCUCUGAUCAGAAUGAAGCUGCGUAAAGUGGAUCCUUUUCGACCCAUUGAGUUGGCACGCAAGGCACAAGAAAUGUUUGCUGAGACCAACAAAGCUAUUCAAGAGAGAGAUAAAACCACACUUCGUAAAAUAACCACUGAAAAUGCAUUGGAGGGCCUGAGAAAUGAGUUCCGAGCCACGAGGUUUCAAUGGGAUCUAGUGGAGGAGGUGGAGAGGCCUCGUAUUGUCUGUGCUCGAGCUGCUCCGUAUGACGGCAAGGACCUUAUCGCACAAGUUGUGCUCAGAAUGCACACCAAACAAGUUAUGGCUUUGUAUGGCUCAGACAACAAUGUAUUUCGUGGUGAUCCUACCAUCCCAAAAACUGUGAUAGACUAUGUGGUGCUAGAGAGACCUCUGGAGUUACCGGCUGCCACCACUCCCUGGAGAAUUGCUGGGAAACUUCCGCCACAAUUGCCAUGGAAACAAGAAUUACAUUCACAACCCAAGAUUUUGCCAGCGCAAUGAAUCUAGUACAUCUACAGUGUACAUUAAUUUAUUGUGGUAUUAUGAUGUUUGUAUAAUAUUUGUUACCAAACUAUAUACCCUAAAAAAAGUUAUGGCUAACUUA